UUAUAAUAACCAUCUCGAUUUUAACGGGCUCCUAUAAAUGUGUCUCUAUUAUGUCGUAUGCAACUUCAUCUCAGACCAACAUCACAGUUGGACAACAGAAAUGGGGAAUACUGGAAAUUGUAUUGUUUUCUACUCAAAUUACAGUACCAUGCUGUGUGUUUCUCUUCAUUAAUGGGGUCAUGUUAUUCACCUUGAGGAGUAAAUUGGUCUUUCGUGAGACCUCCCGUUACAUUCUUCUGUUUAACCUCCUUUUUGCAGACACUGUACAGAUGGCACUGAGCCUGUUACUGUACCUACUGGCCACAUGUAAAAUAACAUUAACAUAUCCUGUAUGUGGUGUUCUUGCCAUGCUUGCUGAUCUCAUAAAUGUAAUCUCCCCUCUCAUACUAGUGCUGAUGUCUCUGGAGAGAUGUGUGGCUGUGUGCUACCCACUGAGGCACGCUACCAUCAUCACCAUCAGAAACACAGCAGUGGCUAUCAUUGUGGUUUGGUCCUUCAGUUCACUACAUAUCCUCACACAAGUUAUUUUACUGUUAGAUUUUCCAUUUCAGGACAUGGAGAGCCUGCAGAUGGAAAAGUUUUGUGCCCCAGAAAACAUGCUGCUUGGCCAAAUGUCUGAUGAUUAUAAAAAAGCGUUUUCUUAUUUUCUGUUUGUAUCAGCUGGUGUGGCAGUCACUUCCUCCUAUAUUGGUGUGGUCAUAGCAGCCAGGUCAGCCUCCACAGACAAAGCUUCAGCUCAUAAGGCUCGUAACACUCUGCUGCUGCAUCUGGUGCAGCUGGGCCUCAGUCUCUCUUCAACCAUUUACAACCCCGUGGUUUUCGCCAUCUCAAAAGUCACUGACAGAUUAGCAAUCGUGCGUAUCCGGACAAUUCUUUAUGUGUGUAUUAUCCUUUUUCCCAGAUGUCUGAGCGCUCUCAUCUAUGGCAUCAGAGAUCAGACCAUCAGAUCCAACCUGAAGUACCAUCUAUGUUGUAGACUGAAACUGUCGCUCAUCCCAGCCAAGGCUGAGGUCUCACCCUAGAAUACAGUGAAUUAUUCAACCAUUAUUCUCAUUUAAGAGAUGAAUAGUGAUUGGAAACAA